GUUGAAAAUCCAAAAGCCCUCCCUCGUCUUUUCAAUCAAGUAAAAUACGGCCGGUUCCCACAAACCCGCCAAACUAGCCGGCGAACGGCGCCGUUUCAUGCGUCUCCAUCUUCCCGCUGCCCAGUGUCCGAGUCCAACCACCAAUCGCUCAAUUCGAAUUCACAGUGGAAGCAGAAGCAACAAUGCUGCACGAGUUGCUCCUCGCGCUGCUGGGCUACACCGGCGAUCUGAUAAUCGACGACAGAGAGCACUCCAAGUCGCUUGGAAUCGACGCUCCGAUUUCCUCCUCGCCGACUUUCAAGCUCGCUUCCGACAUCUCUUUCAUCCAACCCAGCGAAAGGGAUCUGAUAGAGAAGAUCAUCACAUUAGGGUUUUACUACAGGGAGCUCGACCGCUUCUCCGUCAGGUGCCGGAAUUUGAGCUGGAUUAGGUCUGCAAAUGCCAGUCCUGCGGCGUCCGAUACCGAAAAGCCUAGUGUUUACCGGAGGGCCAUUGCCAAUGGCAUUGUGGAGAUACUGUCCGUUUAUCGGUCCGCCGUGCUCCACAUUGAGCAGAAACUGUUGGCGGACUCCGUCCCCAUACUGGCAACCGUCACUCAAGGACUCAACAAGUUUUUUGUGCUUUUGCCGCCGUUGUAUGAGCUCGUUCUGGAGAUUGAGCGGGAUGACAUUCGCGGUGGUAAGCUUCUUAACCUUUUGCACAAAAGAUGCCAUUGUGGGGUUCCCGAGUUGCAGACGUGCAUUCAAAGGCUUCUUUGGCAUGCACAUCAGGUCAUGUACAACCAGCUUGCAGCGUGGGUGGUGUACGGGAUUCUUCAAGAUCAGCAUGGCGAGUUUUUCAUUAGGAGGCAGGAAGAUAAGGAUGUAGGGCAUGGCUCAUCACAUCCAGACAUAUCUGAAAAGUUGGCACGGAUGUCAACGGAAGAUACAUCUUUAACAGAUUGGCACUUGGGAUUUCAUAUUUAUCUGGAUAUGCUGCCCGAGUAUAUCCAUAUGCGUGUUGCAGAAUCAAUUUUAUUUUCUGGGAAAGCCAUCAGUGUUCUUCGCAAUCCUAGCCAUGCCUUUCGGUUCCAGGACAUUGUAUAUCCUCAACAGGUGGCUAAGGGCUCUCAGAAAGUUCAAGGAUUUUCAGGACGAUUUCCUUUCCUCGAAGACCCUUUUGCGGAUAAAGAAUUGAUUGGAGAAGAAUUGCUUCCACAGUCUGAGGCUGAUAAGAUUGAAACUAUGCUUCUGGAACUAAAGGAAUCAUCUGAGUUUCACAAAAGAUCUUUUGAAUGUGCUGUUGAUUCAAUUAGGGCUAUUGCUGCCAGUCAUCUUUGGCAGCUUGUGGUUGUACGCGCUGACUUAAAUGGCCAUCUGAAGGCACUGAAAGACUAUUUUCUUUUAGCAAAAGGAGAUUUCUUUCAGUGCUUUCUUGAAGAGAGUCGCCAGUUGAUGCGCUUACCUCCUCGCCAAUCAACUGCGGAGGCUGACCUUAUGGUCCCGUUUCAGCUGGCUGCAAUUAAGACUAUAUGUGAGGAAGACAAGUAUUUCUCAAGAGUAUCCUUGAGGAUGCCUUCAUUUGGAAUGACAGUAAGAUCCUCCCAAGGAGAUUUACCAAAGGCAGACGGGAAUUCAGGCCCAAGUGCUUCCUCAGAAAUCUCUCUUGACGGUUGGGAUGGAAUUGCUCUUGAAUACUCUGUUGAUUGGCCCUUACAGUUGUUCUUUACUCCGGAUGUGCUCUCUAAGUACUGCAGGGUCUUCCAAUAUCUACUGAGGCUUAAGCGUACACAAAUGGAAUUGGAGAAAUCAUGGGCCUCUGUGAUGCAACAAGAUCACACAGAUUUUGCCAAACAUCGGAAUGAUCAUGAAAAGUGCUCAGUAUCUCAGCAGCGAAGGCAGCGAUCUAGACCAAUGUGGCGUAUUAGAGAGCACAUGGCUUUCUUGAUUAGAAAUCUUCAAUUUUAUAUACAGGUGGAUGUCAUAGAAUCCCAAUGGAAUGUUUUGCAAGAGCAUAUCCAAGAUUCUCAUGACUUUACUGGACUUGUGGCCGUCCAUCAGGAGUAUUUAUCAGCUUUAAUUUCACAAUCUUUCUUGGACAUUGGCUCCUUAUCGAGGAUUCUGGACAGCAUAAUGAAACUUUGCCUUCAGUUCUGCUGGAACAUCGAGAACCAAGAAAGCAGUGCAAAUACAUCUGAAUUGGAACACAUUAUAGAGGAAUUUAACAAGAAAUCAAACUCCCUAUACACGAUCUUGCGCAGUAGUAGGCUUGUUGGGAGCCAGCGAGCCCCAUUUCUGAGGCGGUUUCUGAUGCGUCUCAACUUCAACUCCUUCUUUGAGGCAACAGCUAGAGGCGUGCUGAAUGUUGUCAGACCGCGGCCUACACUUUCUGUCUUGAAUCAACAGUAGCAUCGUUUCUACUCAACUGCUUCAAAAGUGCCUCCUGCUAGUUUCUGCAGUUUCAAUAUUUUUUUGGGGGGAGGCCGGGUUGUAGGGUGUUCUGUUCAACUCCAUGCUUGUUAACUUAGGAGUGAAAGACCGAUGAACAUGUCAGUUAACGAUUCUGGUAAGGUCGGGAGGUCUGGUUUCUUUGUGUUGUUUGCUUCUCGACUUAAUGGAAAAUGGAAAUUAGGUUGGUGAUUUUGAUUGAUGUGGCUUGGAAUCUCGGCGCUAACAGUCCAACGUUGUUGCAUGCAGUUUUCCAGUUCACAGUUAUAUUCUUCAGAAUCGUUGUAUAUUCAUGCGUGACCAACUUGUAAGAGAAUGAAUUUAUUGGGUUGUAAACGAGUUUGUAACCGGUUCAGUUUGUACAUA